UUUGUACUGGGAGGAGCAGCCUGCGGUGCUCACAGUCUGAGGACAGCGGUAGUUCAGGGACUUCAGGGCCAGCGUCAGAGCCUGUCACCAACUCUGCAGGAAAGGUAGUCAUGGGAGGAAGGAAGAUGGUACGAGAUGAAGAAAGCUCCUAUGGUUGGGAAGAGCCCACGCAGGAGCCCCGGCUGCGGCUCAUCCUGGUGGGGAAGACAGGGGCUGGGAAGAGCGCCACCGGGAACAGCAUCCUGCGCCAGAGGCGCUUCCUCUCCAAGCUGGGAGCCACCACGGUGACCAGAACCUGCGAGGUGGGGAGCUGCCCAUGGGACAGGUGGCACGUGGAAGUGAUGGACACCCCGGACCUUUUCAGCUCCCAAGUCUCCAAGACAGACAUGAGGUAUGAGGAGCGGGCCCGCUGCUAUGUGCUGUCGGCUCCCGGGCCCCAUGCCCUGCUCCUGGUGACUCAGCUGGGCCGCUUCACUGCGCAGGACCAGCAGGCUGUGAGCGCGCUCAAGGACCUGUUCGGGGACGAGGUGCUUAGGCGCACUAUCCUCCUGUUCACACAUAAGGAGGACCUGGCCGGGGAGUCCCUGCAGGAAUUUGUGCGCUACACGGACAACCGAGCACUGAGGUUGCUGGUUGCCCAGUGCGGGGGCCGCAUUUACGCCUUUAACAACCAGGCUGCGGGCGGGGAGCAGGAGGCCCAGAUGCUGGAGCUGCUGUCGCUGGUGGAGCGCCUGGUGCAGGACCAUAGGGGUGUCCCCUACUCCAAUGACGUGUACCGCCUGCUGCAGGAGCUGAAGUUCAGCACCCCGGAGGAGCGGCUGCGAAGGGUGCAAGAGGCACUGGCCAGCCGCAAGCAGGGGUGGCGGCGACACUGGCUGCUAGGUUGGCUGCCCAAGUGCAUGGCGACAAGGAAGCUGUGUGUGGCCUUGCUGGGUGGCCUGCUCCUGGCUUACUGGCUGCUCUCCAGUCACUGGUCCAAGGCCACUCUUGAGGUCCCUCCUGAGUGAAAGACUGGAAACAGGACUCUGACCCACCAACUGACAAUCACAUCCUUCCCUGGUGUCCUGGCCUCCAGGUCCCGCAGGCUUUCCUUGUCCCUCACCAGCAGUCAUCUACCAAGGACAAAAUCCUUCUGGGUCCCAUCUCCCCCACCAAUCCUGCCCAUGUGACCUGGGCCUCCCUGAGCUCUUCUCUGUCUGAUGCCAAACAACUGCUGUUGCUUUUGCCUGUUUUCCUCUGACCUCAGGCUGCUGUCCCGUCAUUGAAUCCUUCCUUGUCUCCCCAGGGGACAAAGGGCCAGUGCCUAUAGGCAGCCUCAGUCCAGACCCAUUUUUCAGUUGAAUCUGAAUUCAAUAAAUAAAUGCCCUAAAUGUCCACAUGGUGUUCACGGAAAACAAUGUUUGUAGAUGUUGUCCAUCCGCCUUAUAUGCCCACUGAACAAAGACACUGCCCUGUCAUUCCUAAGCCCACCUGCAAAAACCACAACCCACGUGCAGACAGACACACAGGCACACAAGCAGUGGUGGGGUGAGCCCAUAAGGAGACA